CCGUAUAAUUGAAGUUUCUUUAGUUUCUUCGGCGGAGCCUGCGAGCAGUGUCGUCCGCUCCGUGGAGGGAUUAAAAACCCAGCAGCGGGACGAUGUUUUCCAGAAGCCUGAAGCUGUGUGCGAGCCUGUGUUUGUGGAUUACGGCGCUGACGAGCCCGGGAAGUGUGUCCGCGAGGAAGCAGGACGACUCUUUCUUCACUGCCAGCAUUUACCGCGCGAGGUGCGCCUCGCGGUGCCUCAGCCUGCACAUCACGCGCAUCUCUGCGUUCUUCAAGCACUCCCAGAAUAAUGGCUCUUUGGUUUGGUGCCAGAAUCACAAGCAGUGCUCCAAGUGCCUUGAGCCCUGCAAGGAAUCGUGGGACCUGAAGGAGAACCAGUGCCAAGAUUUAUGUGAGCCCCUUUUUCCCAAGAAGCACUACGAGUGUCUGACGAGCUGCGAGUUUUUGAAGUCUGUGGAGGGUGUGAAGCAAGGCGACUGUCCAGCCCCAGAGAAGGCCAGUGGGUUUGCUGCAGCCUGUGUGGAGAGCUGCGAGGAGGACGGAGAGUGCUCUGCCGUCAAGAAGUGCUGCUCCAAUGGCUGUGGCCACACCUGUCAGCUCCCCAAGAACCUCUACAAAGGAGUCCCUCUGAAGCCGAGGAAGGAGCUGGUGUUCCUGGAGCAUCCGUCGGGUCAGCUGGAGAUCCACUGGUCGUCUAAGUUCAACAUCUCGGUGGAGCCCGUCCUGUACGUGGUGCAGCGCCGGUGGAACUACGGCAUCCACCCGAGUGAGGAUGACGCCACAGAGUGGCAGACUGUUGCGCAGACCGCAGAGGAGCGCAUCCAACUGGCCGACACCAGAGCCAGCAGAUGGUACCAGUUCAGAGUGGCGGCGGUCAACGUGCACGGGACCCGGGGCUUCACGGCGCCCAGCAAGCACUUCCGCUCCUCCAGAGAUCCAGCUGCUCCUCCCAGCGCGGCCAACCUGCACGUCACCAACAUGAGCCUGGCAGACGACGGCCUGGUGACGGCUCGUCUGAACUGGACACUGCCACACGAGCCCGAUAUUCCUAUCCACCACUACAAGGUGUUCUGGAGCUGGACCGUGCCCACCAAGUCCAUGGUGCCGUCCAAGAAGAAGCAACGGAAGACCAUCAACGGGGCCCAGAACUGGCUGGAUCUGGAGGGACUGCAGCAGAACAGCAGCUACAGCGUGGAGCUGCAGGCCAUCACGUACUGGGGGCAGGUGCGCCUGAAGAGCCCCAAAUCCUCGCUCCACUUCACCACUAACCAGAAUAAUGAGUCAGCAAAAUCAAUGCUCAAGUCAAAGAAGGACGCCACAUCCCCUGUUGGUUCGACCCUGGCCAAACGCCCCUCUGGCGCUCUGGAAGUGGGCACGCCCUUCUACCAGGACGGUCAGCUGCAGGUCCGUGUCUACUGGAAGAAGCGAGGAGACCCAUCCGUGAGUCGGUACCAUGUCCAGUGGAUGCCUGAGUACUGCAACCAUAACGAGACCCGAGGACCAGAGAAAUCUGUCACACAGGAAAACUACAUCAACCUCCCAGGUCUGUUGUUCUCCUGCAAGUACAAAGUCACCGUUCAGUUGCUGAAGUCCAAGAGACGCUCCAAGGACGAGAGCACCACCUUCCUCACCCCAUCCUGCGCCACCAUCCGGAGCAAAACCCACAAGCACAUCCCGUGCCCGGGAGAGGGAGCAGGGCACCCCAAGGUUUUGGCCAAACCAGAGAACCUGACUGCCUCCUUCUCCAUCAAAGACGGGAACAUCACGGGCAGCUUCCUGUGGGGCAUGUCCAGGGUCGCUCCUCACCACAGGAUCACUGGUUUUCAGGUCACCUGGGCCGAAAUCAACACGGAAAGCAGGCAGAACAGCCUUCCCAACAGCAUCAUCUCCCAGUCCCAGAUCCUGCCUCCAGACCCUAAUAUGCUGGUGGUGUCAAACCUGCGACCAUCCACCUUCUACAGACUGGAGGUGCAGGUCAUCACGACUGGAGGAGAAGGUCCCGCCACCGUCAAGACCUUCCAAACACCAAACAUAUUACCUGUCACUCAGCACCGGCCCAGACUCCGGCAGCAUCACCCCCAUCACCAGAAACCGUCAGUGGAAAGACAUUGAGUUUUCAAGUUCAAGUGACCCCCCCCACUUACAGGUUCACAUAAACUCUGGUCCUGCCUGCUAGGUGAGGUGUAAGGACCCACACCAUAAACGGACCUCCACCGUCUGCCCUCCAAACCCUGGGUCUGUACCCCUUCAGCUUUUGCAGCACCUCAUCAGUCCCGCCAGCCUUCCUCCUCUCUGGACCAGCCGAUUGUGUGUAUGCGGUGAAAUUUAUACCGCCUCGCACAACCCAUCCCACAGUCCUGAAGAAAUGAUGUAAUCCCUGGAAAAAUAGGUUGUUGUGAGCAACAAGAAGACCUUUGUAGCUUCAUGGUUGAAAGACGGUUACUUUGGGGACGCCAGUGAAGAUCGUAGAAGUGCAUCUAUUUAUUCUGUUUCCCAUUAAAGAGGAGCUUAGACACACGGCCUGUACUGAUGAAUAUUGUAACUAAAGUCAUUGAUGUCUAACCCAGAAUAUUCCAUGUAGUGUGUUGCAUGUAUUCCAUUUGAUUCUAGAGCUGUAAAUGAAUGACUUGCUUCAAAUUGAAAGCUUGUUCCCGGUUUUGCAUGACAACCGUUCGUAAUCUGUUGGCAUGAAAUGUUCCGUCACCUCUUUUCAGUAUGUUAGCAAUAUUUCAUUAACAGAUUAACAAAGAACUAUAUUGGAAGUAAUAUGUAAUGUUUAUUCAUGAAAUUAUAACUCGCGUGGAAAUGAUGAAUUGUACAUGAAAUAUUUGUUGUGGAACAGUCAGUGAAUGUCUAUAUUUAUUUAUGUGUGUAUUACUUUGGAUGUGUGUGAAUAUGUAAGUUUUGUGUGUGUUGUAGUCUCAUUUUUUUUGGGAACUUGGCAAAAAAAAAAGAAAAAAACAUGAAGAAAAAAAUCUUGUAAAGACAUUUUGUAAAAAAAAAUGUAAUUGUAAAUACAGUCAUAUGUUACAUGUUAUUUUUCCAUGGUAGAUACUGUAAAGACUGCUAAUUAAUAAAAUAAUCCCUAACCUGUGUCCCUCUGCCA